AUGGGCACGACUAAGGCCCGCGCAGCUGCGAAACAGCAGCCCACCUCCAAAGCCCAGCCCGCCCAGGCAGCCCAGUUUGCCCAGCCCCUCCCGGAAAAGACGUUUAUAAUCGAUAAUGGCGCCUAUACGAUGAAGGCGGGCUACGCGCCCUCCUUCCCGCCGCCAGAGGAUCCAGACAAAGCGCUCGCCGCAUGCGUCACCAUCCCCAACGCGCUCGCCAAAACGCGCGACAACCGCAUCUUCAUCGCCUCGCAGCUCUCUACGCACAUCUCCGACUGGAACGAAGUGACAUUCCGCCGGCCGGUGGAGAAGGGGUACAUCGUCAACUGGGAGGCGCAGAAGGAGAUCUGGGACCAUUCGUUCUUCGACGAGAAGACCGCGCGGUACAAGGAGGCGCGGGUUCUGAACCCGGAGGAGACGACGCUGCUGCUAACGGAGGCGCCGAACGCGUUGCCGGCGCUGCAGAAGAAUGCCGACGAGAUUAUCAUGGAGGAGUGGGGGUUUGGUGGUUAUUUAAGAUGUGUUGGGCCCACGCUAAAUGCCUGGAACGAUGUCCACCCCUUAUUUGGUGAUCCUGCGACACAGCUGUCGGAUACAGGAAUCAACCCGAUCGAAUGUCUGAUGGUUGUCGACUCCGGAUACUCCCACACCACCAUUACACCUGUCUACAAAGGCCGGCCGCUUCAGCGCGGGAUUCGAAGGCUGGACAUCGGUGGGAAGCAUCUCACCAACUACAUCAAGGAAAUGGUGUCGAUGCGGCAGUAUAACAUGGUGGAUGAGACGCAGAUCAUGAACGAUGUCAAGGAGGCGGUGUGCUACGUGAGCAGCGAUUUUAAGACCGACAUGGAGCGGACAUGGAAGGGGAACAGGAAGCGAGGACAGCCUGAUCCGGGCGAAGGGAUUGUUGUCGACUAUGUCUUGCCAGAUCCGGCUGCGAACAAGAAGGGAUACGUGCGACCGCAUGAUCCGCUGCUGAACGCUAAGAAACGCCAGAGUUUGCUCUCCGGGGCUGGUGCGGAGGCAUUCUCCGAAGACUUCUUAGUUCUGGGGAACGAACGGUUCACCGUGCCGGAAAUCCUGUUCAACCCGGGAGAUAUUGGGAUGAAGCAGGCGGGGAUUCCAGAAAUCAUCCUGCAGAGCCUGUCUGUUUUGCCGACGGGGCUGCAUCCGGCCUUCCUGGCGAACGUUUAUGUUGUGGGAGGAAAUUCGCUGAUCCCGGGAUUUAUGGAAAGAUUGGAGACUGAGCUACGCCAGAUAGCAUCUGCAGAGUGCGUCGUCCGAGUUCGACGGCCCAAGGACCCGAUCCGCUCUACCUGGCUAGGGGCGUCACGCUUCGCAACGAAUAGAGACGAGCUCAAAGAAGCCGCGAUUACGCGACAGCAAUACUUUGAAUAUGGGUCAGCCUGGGUGGGGAAGAAGUUUUCGGGGGCUGCCUAG